AGUUGUACCAUGAUCGCGAUGAUGUGUCCAUCGAAUCCAUCAAUAAAUAAAUAUAAUCAUAAAUUCAAUUAACACUUAAUCACAAGUUAUUUAUCUAAUCCGUCUAGUCUCAUUAAAUGUUACAUUUUUCAAGAAAUUCUAUACUUAUGGUAUUUUUUCCAAGUAAAAAACAAUAAAUUUGUGUUGACAUGGCUAGUCGUUAAUUACUCGAUCGGUUUGGUUGAUAAUUUUUUUUUUAUUUUGAAAGUUCCACCGUCUUGCUUGAAAAUAAAAAUAAAAUAUACGAUUAAAAAGUUUUAAAAAAAAUAAAUAAAUAAGUGUCUGGUCGUUACGAUUAGUUCGACCUAGAAAUUUAUCAUUGGAUCGUAGAUCUUGUCCAUCGUAUUCAAUUGAUAUCUAAAAAUUCCAGUGAAAUAUUUAAUCCAUCUUAGAUAUACAUUAACAUCUAAAAAAAAAAUAAUAUCUAUAUUUUUACUCCAAAAAAAAAAAACAACAAAAAUUUAUCACAUUUCAAAAAUAUUUGCCUUCAAAUUUAAUUAUCAUCUGUUUUUACAAAAAUAUUUUUACAAAUAAUUUUUUAAUAAAAAUAAAAGUGCUACUCAAUUUAAUUGGACGCAUCGAUUUCUCAAAGUUAAACAUCAUCAAGUAUAUCUACCACUAAACUGGUUUUUUUUUUUAAUUUUAUUUUACCUUAGUGGAUUUUGUUUAUUGCAUCCUUACAAGUGCUACAAGUAAAUAUAUUUUUUUAAUUUAUAUUUUAUUUUAAUUAAUUAGAAAUGUGUGUGUGUUGAUAAAGUGUCAUGUGUUUGGUGUGCUUACGACAUUUGGAAUUUAUCAAUACAAUAAUUUGGAUUUGGCAAAUUGAUAAUCAAGUAACAUAGAAAACCGAUGCAUUGUGGGAAUGGCAGAAAAGGUGCGUGAGGCGGCUGCACGCGGUGAAACAGCCAAACUUGAACGUUUACUCAGUGAUGAUAAUAAACCUUUGCCAGAUGAGCAUGGUCGUAGUCCCUUACUCAUUGCAGCAGCAGCUGGUCAUGUAGCAGCUUGUGAAGUCCUACUUUUGCAUAAAGUCGACGUCAAUGCAACUGACAAUUCAGGUGUCACUCCACUACAGAAAGCUGCUGCUGAAGGUCAUAUUGAAGUUGUCGAGCUUCUACUGAAGCACGGUGCGGAUGUUGCUCAUCAAGAUAGCGUGCAUGGUGAUACAGCGCUACAUGAGGCAUCAUGGCGUGGUUUCAGUAAAACCGUUGCUGCAUUGGCGAAAGCCCUGGGGACACAGCGGGCACCACUUCAUGUAAGAAAUCUUGCAGGUUUUGCAGCACUACAUCUUGCUUGCCAAAAUGGACAUAAUCAAAGUUGUAGAGAACUUCUACUGGCUGGUUGUAAUCCUGAUCUUCAAAAUAAUUAUGGUGAUACACCAUUACAUACCUCAGCACGUUAUGGACAUGCUGGUGUUACCAGAAUUCUCAUAUCAGGCUUAUGUCGUGUCUCUGAUCAAAAUAAAAAUGGGGACACAGCACUUCACAUAGCAGCAGCAAUGGGUCGACGAAAAUUAACUCGAAUACUUUUAGAAGCUGGCUGUGAUCGUACAUUACGUAAUAAACAAAAUGAAACAGCUAAAGAUAUUGCUAAACGUAAAAAUUUAAUUGAAAUAUUGGAUAUUUUAAAUAAAUAUCGUUGUAAAAAUCGUACAAGUAUAAAAAAUAGUGAUGAAAUUGAUAAUAUUAAAAAUAUAAAUACACCAAAGUCAUCAUCAUUAAUUAAAAAUGAUAAUAAGAAAAAAAAUAAAAUAAUAAUUAAUGAUAAUAACAAUAAUGAUGAAUCAAAAAAAGAUAAUAAUAAUAAAAAAAAAUUAAAAAAUGGCAAAGAAUGUAAGGUACAUUUUGAAAAAUCAAUAGUUGGUAAACAAUGGUCACCAUAUGGUUGUCAUUAUUAUCCAGAUCCAGAAUCAUUUCCACAACCAAAAUUAGAUUCAUUACCAUCUGACCCAUUGGCACGUGGUGAACAAUAUUAUUUAGAUCUUGCUGGUAAUAUACGUAAAGGUCCAGUUGGUGUUGGUUAUACAUGUUAUUGUGCACCAUUUUUCCGUCAUAUGGAAGCUAAAUUAGAAAAUGAUAAAGCUGAAUUAAAAGCACAUAUUGAUCAAGCACAUGCACGUUUAGAUUUAAAAGUUGCACAUCUUGAGCGUAAAACACGUGGACAAAUAUCUGAAUUAACAAGAUGUGUUGCUGUUGAAAGAACAAAAUGUGAUGAACGUCAUGAACAUUUACAUAAAUGGUUAAAUAGAGGUGGACAAAGAAGACACUCAGAAAGACCAGCAAGACAAAUUAUUAAUACAGAUAAUAGUAAUGGACCAACAAGAGCAAGAUCAUUAGCAGAUUUACUUGAUGAUAGACCACAUGAUAGAAGUUUCGAAAUACCUGGUGAAACAUCAAAUCAUCAUGGAAGUUUAGAUAAAUUAGAUAUACCAGCAAUACCAAGACACAGUAAAUCAUUGAAAGAUAUAUCAAUGAAAAAUGAUAAAUCAAGAUCUAUUUUAAGGGUACUUGAUUUACCACAAAGACUCAAUGAAACUUUUGAUGGAGUCAUUGGAAGAGACAGAACUUCACCACUUGGAGCUGCUGCAUCACCAACUGUUAGUCUUAAACUUGAAUCAUUUAAAAAACAGUUAUCAACGAGUCACGAAGAAGAAGAUCAAAAUGAAAAUAAAUUUUCAAGAAAAAUAAAUGAAGAUAAUGCAGAUGGAUGGAGAUCAUCAGCUAGUCGUAGAAGUGUUCAUGAAAUGAUAAAAAGAUUCCAGCAAGUACCUGGUAUGCAUAAUGGUUGGAGAGGACCAAUAUCAGUUAGUAGUGAACAAACAAUAAGUCCUGCUAAUAGUCAUUGUUCUCAAAGGGUCCAGCCACAAGGAACUUCAUCAAAUGGUUGGCAUGCUGAAGGCCAAGGUAAUGAAAGUGAAAGCAGUGAAGCUGAAGAUGAUGCAGAUCAGUCUAAAAAAAUUAAUGGAAAUAUAAAAAAAAAUGACAGAGAUAUUAAUGAAAAUCCUCAUUAUGAUUCAAUUGCAAAAUUACCAUAUAGAUCAAGAAGUGCUGUUUACAGUCCAACACCACCUUCUCAUGAUGCUCACAAUGAUUCUGGGUAUAGUACAAGAAUGUAUGGUUCCAGUAAAGGUGCUUCACCCUCUUUAUCUGGACAAUUGGAGUGUGAUGUAAUACUUCCAUCAUCACAAAUGGCUUUUCCAAAUGGUAAACAACUUGCAGCAUUACUCGAACAACCACGAGGCCAUGAUCUUACUGUGUAUGAAUGUGGUAUUGACAAUGUUGUCAUUAACAUUGGCACAGCAAGUCUUGUAUAAUAAUUAGUAAUUAAUUUUAAUAUAUUAAAUCAUUAAUUAUUAAAUUUGUAAGAAAAACAAAUAAAGAAUUAUUUUUAUUGUAGUUAAGAGGUCUCAUACCAGGCUGAUGU